GAGAGAGAGAGAGAGAGAGAGAGUGCUUGAAAGCUAUUCCUCCUUUUCACAUCAGGCAAAUGGAUUUCGCUCCCUUGUCGUCUUCACGCGCUACACAUUUACCAGUUUUGCUGUUUCUUUUGACAUUACUCUGAGACCGUAAGUCCAAGGCGAUAACAGCUAUCCGGGUCUUAGUUUUAGCUGAAACCCACGUUUUUUCUCUUGAUCAUGGUUGCAAAGAACUCCUUCACUCUCCUGAUUUUUGCCUUGAGCUGCUUCGGGGUGCUUAGAUUGGCCGAACCAAAGGUUUCUCCCCAAGAAGUGGAUGCUCUUCAGCAGAUUGCUGCUAAAAUGGGGGCCAAGUAUUGGGAAUUUGAUGGCAAUUCUUGUGCAGUUGUAAAAGUUGGUGUAACAACAGAAAUACCGGAAGGAGCUGAGAGUACCAUUGCUUGUGAAUGCAACAUCCCAAAUGAUACCCUCUGUCAUGUCAUAAGCAUAGUUCUCAAGGGCUAUAGUCUCCCUGGAAGCCUUCCCCCUGAAGUUGCUAAGCUUCCUCACCUUAGAGAAAUUGACUUCGCUUAUAACUACCUCUAUGGGACAAUACCUCAGGAGUGGGCUUCAAUGCAGUUGACUUCAAUCUCUCUUCUCGUGAAUCGCUUAUCUGGGGAAAUUCCAAAGACUUUGGCAAAUAUCACCUCUCUCACAUACCUAUGCCUUGAGGCCAACCAAUUCUCUGGCAAUGUUCCUCCUGAACUCGGAAGUUUGAUCAACUUACAAACUCUGAUGUUGUCCUCCAAUCAGUUAACUGGAAACUUGCCGACCACUUUUGCUGGUUUGAUAAAUCUUACAGAUUUUAGGAUAAGUGAUAAUAACUUCAGUGGCAGAAUACCAGAGUUCAUCCAGAACUGGAAACAACUCAAUAGAUUAGAAAUGAUCGCAAGUGGGCUGGAGGGGCCUAUUCCAACUGGUGUCUCACUUUUGAAUGACAUGGUCAGCUUGAGGAUUAGUGACAUAAUUGGUCCCAGACUGCUCUUUCCUAAUCUCAGUAAUAUGACUGGCCUUGUAACAUUGGUGCUAAGGAACUGUAACAUAUCUGGGGAGAUUCCCUCUUACAUUUGGAACUUCAAAGAACUAGAAGUUGUGGAUCUCAGCUUCAACAAAUUAGUUGGUGAAAUUCCAGCUACAAUCACUGCAAAAAGUGCGAGAUUUAUCUUUCUAACAGGCAAUAUUCUGAGUGGACAAGUACCAGACUCGAUCUUGAAGGAUGGAACCAGUGUCGAUCUUUCUUACAACAACUUUUCAUGGCAAAGCUCUGAGCAACGAGCUUGUCAGGGCAACUUAGACCUAAACUUGAACCUAUUCAAAAGCUCUUCACAAGAGAACAACUUAAGUAGAGCCGUUCCAUGCUUGGACAACUUCCGCUGUUCACGCUAUUCGAGUUGCCGAUAUGUUAAUUGCGGCGGACAAGAUGCAAACAUCAAAGAAAAUAAACAGACUGUUCUGUACGAAGGAGAUGGAGAGGUUGAGGGCGGUACUGCAUUAUACUUCUUUGAUAGGGUUUGGAAUUGGGGAUUUAGUAGCACGGGUGACUUCAUGGAUGACAAUGAUUUCCAAAAUAAACUAUACACUGUCACUUCAUCAGAUGCAAACAUGGAUGUUCUGGAUAAAACGGCAAGAAUCUCUCCGAUUUCGCUUACCUACUUCUUUUAUUGCUUAAGAAAUGGACAGUACACUGUACAUUUGCGGUUUGCAGAGAUUCAGUUCACCACCGACAAUGCAUUUAACAGUCUCGGGAAGCGAAUUUUUCAUAUAUAUGUUCAGGACAAAUUAGUCAGGAAGGAUUUCAAUAUCAAAGAUGAGGCAGGUGGGGUUGAAAAACCUGCACUGGAAAUAUUUACUGUCAAUGUGACCAAUAAUAUGCUGGAGGUCCGAUUUUAUUGGGCUGGUAAAGGAACAACAAGAAUUCCCCGUAGAAGUGUUUAUGGUCCUCUAGUAUCAGCAAUUUCUGUUGUCUCUGAUUUUGAAGCUUGCGCUAGUCGUACAAAAAGGAGAAUUAAUUCUAUCUUCAUAGGAGUUGGGGUCUUGUGCUUUGUUUUCUUCGUGCUGUGCAUCCUUUGGUGGAAAGGGUACUUGACUGGAAAAAGGGAGAGAAGAAAAUCUGCAGAUGACCGCAAAGGAUUGGAUCUGCAAACACGGACUUAUUCUUUGCAGCAAAUUAAAGCAGCGACUAAUGAUUUCGAUCCUGCUUUUAAGAUUGGAGAGGGUGGCUUUGGUCCUGUAUACAAGGGUCACUUACCUGAUGGUGCUGUGGUAGCAGUGAAACAGCUCUCAUCCAGAUCAAAGCAAGGGAAUCGCGAAUUUUUGAAUGAGAUAGGAAUGAUUUCUUGUUUGCAACACCCGAACCUUGUCAAGCUUCACGGCUGUUGCAUUGAAGGGGAUCAACUGUUACUGGUCUAUGAGUAUAUGGAGAAAAAUAGUCUUUCCCGUGUUAUGUUUGGUCCACAGAACUAUCGACUUCAACUUGACUGGCCUACGAGGCUUAAAAUCUGCAUCGGAGUGGCUAAAGGUCUAGCCUUUCUUCACGAAGAAUCCAGACUUAGAAUUAUUCAUCGAGAUAUUAAAGCUACUAACGUGCUGCUGGAUCAAGAUUUAAACCCCAAAAUAUCUGACUUCGGAUUGGCUAGGCUCGACGAAGAGGAAAAGACUCAUAUUAGCACCAAGGUUGCCGGAACAGUAGGAUACAUGGCGCCUGAAUAUGCCCUAUGGGGAUACCUCACCUAUAAAGCAGAUGUGUACAGCUUUGGAGUUCUUGUUUUGGAAAUUGUUAGUGGUCAAAGCAACAACAGUUUUGUGCCGAGCGACGAGUGCCUUUGCCUCUUGGAUUGGGCCUGUCAAUUACAACAAUCUGGCAACUUGAUGGAACUCGUGGACGAGAAGUUGAAGCCUGAGAUUGAUCGAGGAGAAGCAGAAAUGGUCAUCAAAGUAGUUCUAUUGUGCACCAAUGCAUCUCCAUCACUAAGACCAACAAUGUCUGAGGUGGUGAACAUGCUCGAGGGAAGAGCAACUGUUUCAGAUCCGAUCCCAGAACCAGGCAAGUACAGCGAAGACCUAAGGUUCAAGGCUAUGAGAGACAUUCGCCGGCACACGCAAGGUCGAAGCAUGAGUGGAAACCAAUCGGGGAACAUGACAUCAGGGAACGUGACUGCGGUACACACUUUUGGUUCGUCUUCCGUAUCCACCCACAAUGAAUUUGUGGAAAUUAAACCGGAGUCAAGACCUUAUUUAGCAUAAGUGUCUGUUUUCUUAGAUUUAGCAAUUUUGCAGCUGCAUCAGGGAAGCUUGCGGCCCAUGUACAAAUGUUAUGCCACGGGUCGUAACCAUCAUGCGAUGAUUAAAUGGUGAUGCGUAGAAGGACGCAUCAUCUGUACAAUAUUCUCCUUUGCCGAUUUUCCUAGUUGUAGUAGUCGAAAGAUGUUUUUCUCUCGCCUUACC